ACUUACAUUUCAUUGGACGAUUUCAGCCAAUCCCCACUACGGUUAUAUCGUCUGAUGGAAAUUUUAACUGCGAUUUUGACGACUUGUAGAAGCAGAAUAAAUCUGGACUUUUUGUGGAGAAAUAAUAGUAAAGCCAAAACAAUGCCAAGGUCACGCAGAAAGCGUUCUUACAGCAGGGACAGUUCCUAUGAUUGUGAUUAUCGCCACAAAAGGCACCGAGGUGGCACAUAUGAUGACUAUUAUGACAUUAGAUCACGCCACUCUAGAUCUAGAAGUCUAGAACGAUAUGAUUCAUAUGGUCGUCGGCAUGACUACACAGACACCAGCUAUUACCGAGAUCGCUCUCUGUCUCGUGAGCAUCUUAUUGACCAGUGUUCCCAAGAGAGCUCUCACUAUGGUCGAUCACAACCAAGCAGCCGCUACAGCUCCAACACGAGUCGCAGACACCGUAAUCGUCGACACAGACGCCACCGAGAGCAUCACAGGCAUCACCGUGAAUCAUCUAUUUCAAGUCGGGAUCGGCAGGAGGCAGAUGAGAGAGCACCCAGUGUGGAAGAUGAUGCAGACGGACACCUGAUCUAUCGCCAAGGCGACCUGCUGCACGCUCGAUAUGAAGUGGUGUCCACUCUUGGAGAGGGGACCUUUGGGAAUGGGUAGCAGAAU